GGGAGCCGGGAGGAGGAGAAGGCGGCGGCCAGAAGUGCAAUGCAUAUAUGUGUCUUUGUUGUUUGUGUGUGAGUGUGUGUAUGUGUAUGUAUAACGCGCUAAUAUUGGAGACAGGUUGGAACUUGGAUGCGCAAUUGACUAGCGCGCAAGCGUGUGUCGCGCUCCGAAAGUCCGACGUUGCGAUCGCUCGAGUCAGUCGGCCUUCUCGCACAGAGCCAGCCUCAACAGCCGCAGCAUCGUGUUCAGGCUUUCGCCUAAACGCACUCGCAUAUAUAUACAUAUAUUAUAUAUAUAUACCUCCAGAGCAUUUGAUCCGCACCUACACAUCUUAGCAGCGCAUAUAUAUGUAGUCGUAUAUACAUAUAUAGAAAGAGAGAGAUACUUAUGUGUGUAUGGGAGAGAUACCCGCAAAGAACUACUACGCAGUACACGAAGCGCCCGCCCGUCGUCCCUCUUUGUUAUUUUGUCUUCUCUAUACGAUACUCCAUUUUGGAUUAAGUCUCAAUUGGCUUUCUUCGGCGUUCACUUCGAAUGUUUAUUAUUGCUUACUCACGAGAUAGUUCAUACAUUUGAUUUUCGUCAUUGUAAAAGUAUAUUGUUCAACUUUAUUUAUUCAUUUUAAUUGCGAAGAAGGUUCGAAAGUUUCUCAAUGUAAGCGUAGCGAGGCAUAUGCUUACAACGAAAUACCAAUCCUACCUUCUGUAUUUUGCACGCAUUUUUAUAGCGGUAGGACUGAAGCUCUUAUCGAUCAGCCACGGAAACAGUUGUCGAAUUUUUUUUUCGUUUAUCGUCUUGAAGGAGAGAAAAAACAAACGCACGCAAGAGCUAUAUCGAGAGAGAGCGAGAGAGAGAGAGAGCGCAAAAAUUUGCACUCGUUGUUGCCGUGAUUUUACGAGAAAGAGAAAAUGGCUGCCUUCGAGACAAGCACACCUCAUGACUAAAGUUACCUUAUAACUUCGACACACUAAAAACAUUGUUGCAGAUUACGUUCCAUAAGUAAAAGUUACCCAACUCGGCACACGUCUAUUUAAUGCGCUUCGCAUGAGAGGAUAUUAAUAAGCAUUAUCAUGCCCCGAAUAGACCCAUUAUCUCUACUUAGGUGCCUUAGUGUCCUACUUGGUCCCAAUGGAGGUAUUAAGAGCAAGGAUGAGGUUAUUCGGUUAGCCAAUUUAAUGACCAAGUUUUCCAAAAAACUUGUUUCAAAAUGCAUUUACAUUCAAAUUCUCAAGAGUACUACUCCAGAACUCCUGAACCAAUUUAUGGGAGCAGGAGGAGGUUGGAAUCUUGUUCACUCGUGGCUUACUGAUUGUAUUGUGAACAAAAAUAUGGCAUUGACCCAAGAAAUUUUGGAACUAUUGUUACUUUGUCCAGUGGACAUUGAGCGAUUAAAAAGUAAUAAUACUCCCAAGCUUAUCAAAGGUCUUUCUAAAGAUGCAAAAGAUCAGAAGGUUAAAAACUUGGCUAAUCGUAUAGUUGAACAAUGGCUAAAAAUGGUAAAAGGAGAGGCCCCUAGUGGCGUUUCUAGCACACAAACUCUCAACCCAUCACAGCCUUUAGUUACCAAUAAUCUACCCCAGACAAAUAAUGUUAAUAUUAGCCAAGUAGCAACUCUUAGUUCUGUAAGUGAGGGUAACAUGACCAAUCAUGUUGGUGAAAGUCCCAUUUCUCAAAAGUCUGAUGAUUCUGCUCCAAUUUCUCAUUCCGACAAACCCCUAAAUUCACCAUCUAUGUAUAAAAUUACCAUACGAGAUGGUAAGCAAGUUUUAACACAAGUUCAGACUGAUGUAGCUAAUAUAAAUGCUGCUAGUGUAAAUAAAGUUCAAAGUGAAUUAAUGAAAGACAGUCUUUUUAAAGAUAAAGUUCAUGAAAUUAAUAUUGAACAAAGUGAAAACAUUGAAAGGACAGAUUCAGAUGCUAAAAGCUCUGGUAAAGAUGUCUCAAAUGAUAAAUCUAGUGUUGUGGAAAGUAAAUCUAAUCCAAUAAAUGAUAAUUCAAUGAUAGAUGAAAAUGACAGUAGCGAUGUUAAAACAAUAACCACGGUUAAAGUCAAUGGUGAUAAAAAAGAAGAUAAAAAAAGUACAAAUAGCUUGGAAAAGAAAAGUAGUAACCACUCUUCUUCAAAAAGUUCUAGUAAAUAUAGCUCAAGCUCUAGUAAACACAGCUCUAGCUCUCAUCGAUCUAGCUCACAUAAAUCCAGCUCUAGCUCAAAAAGUAGUAGUAGCUCUAGAGACAAGUCUUCCAGAGACAAGGAAAAGGAUAGACAUCACUCUAGUAGUUCAAAAAGUUCAAGCUUAAAAACUAAAUCAGACAAAGAUAAAGAAAAAGAAAAAUUGAAAAAAGACCAAGCUGAAAAAGAUAAGGCCACAUUAGAGAAAUUACAAAUCCCAUCUUUGGGUUCAAAAUUAGGAAAAAUUCCAAAGAAAAAAAGCGACGAUGAAAAACCAGCAGAUUCCUCAUCCAGCAAAACUCAGACUGAUAAAAUUGAAACUAAAAAAAUUUAUCAGAUUCCGGAAAAGAAAAAUAUCUCAAUAUCAAUUGAAACUAGGAAAGAAGGAUCUCGUCCAAAGACUGUAAAAACUUUCAAUUCGAAGUUUAGAUCAACUGGUCUCGAAGAAGAAGUCAAACCAAUGCCUAAAAAGAAACCUACGUUGCCUGAUAAAAAAGUGGUAAUUCCAAGAAUGCCGAUUAAAAGGUAUUCUCCCAUUAGAGAUGUACCCAUUGAAAGUAGAAAAUCAAAGUUACUUUUGGAGUCUCCAACUAUUGAAGAAAAGAAAGGAGGCAUCAAACUUAUUCCAGCUAAACCUAAAGUGAUGCAUUUACAAGAAAGCGACAUGUUUAUGGACGCGCUCACCGCGUCGACGAAGAACGAUAAGCCGCGGAAGCGCAAGAGGCGAGCAUCGCUCACGAAAGACGGCGGGCCGGAUGCGAAAAAGUUGGAAUCGGAUAACAAUAACUCACCGGUCUCGUCACCGUUAUCGUCGCCAACGGGCCGCGACGCUGACGACAAAUCGCUCUUGUCGCUCAAGCCGACUUUUAGAUUUUACCAGGACACUUUAGAGACCGAGGAGGAUGACAAGUCCAAGGCCAAGGACGAUGACAAAGAUGCCGUUAAAAAAGAAAACAAAAAUGAAAACGACGAUGACGACGAGCAAGUUGCCAAGAGCAGGACACCCACACCGGAGAAUAACUUUGAUGACGAGAAUAAGAGCGAUUCACCGGACGAUCCUGCUGCACUCGUCAGCGAAGCGCUUGAAAAAGAGCCACCGGUUCCCGGUGCUCUUAAGAGUGUACUCGUUAUUCAAAAACGUAAAGGACCGAAAAAGUCGCUCAAGUGGAAGACUGAACUCGAAGCUGUGAGAUAUUUCGAGCUCGAUGAGACCGAGCGUGUCAACGUCACGAAAACAUUCACUGAUAUGAAGCAAAUGGAGAAGCAAAAUGAGAGGGAAGCCUUCCAAAUGGCCAGAAAAUUGAGCAGCGAAGACGUAAUGGAAGAGAAGACAGCGUGGAGGCCACUCAUACCGAUAGAUCAGCCGCCGGCGCUUGUCGAGCCGGGCAAAGACAGCCGCGAAAAAGAUAUACAAUAUGCUCGUGAAAAAGGAAUACUUCAAGCCAUCUACUUUACUCGUAGCAUGAUUCCCGAUUCACCAGCAGAACCAGAUGAAGAGCGACAUCACAUGUAUGUUGAUCCCAAGAUUAUCCCGCUUAGUGAUCUUACUGGUAAUGAAGAUUGUACCAAAGACUAUUCGAAUGUUCCAUGGCCAGAGCCAAAAACGGUGUUACCGUUGCCAGCAGCCGCAUCUAAAUCCUCAUUCUUCAACGUAUACCACCCUCCGCCUCAACAUGCUUCUCAAAUGGGACUUCCUCCGAUGAAUGCACAACCACCAAUCGCUAGCAUUCCACAAAUAGUUCCAGACAUCACCGCUAACGUCAUGCCGAAUGCAGCUGUUGUAGUCGGUGGAGCUGGCGGUGGUGGAUGGAGAACCGGAGAUGGUAAAAUCGUUGUGCCUGAUCCCACAAUACCGCCAAUGACGAAUUAUCCGGAUAGUAAUCAAAUUCCACCGCCAAAUGCUAUUAAUGGACCUAUUUAUAAUCCGGAAAGCAGCUAUAUGUUGCCUGGUAAUCCUGAAGAAAUGAAUUACAAUAAUUUUCAAGGUCCACCUGGUCCUGGUAUGUUCAAUGGUCCACCGCCUGGAGGGCCUCCAGGACCACCAGGUGGUUUCCAAGGUCCAAGGGGACCGAUGCACGGUAAUCGUGGACGGGGCGGUCCAGGUUGGUAUAGAGGUGGUCCUAGAGGUGCUUGGAGAGGAGGAGGAGGCUGGAGAGGUAAUAACAAACCUCCACCAGGCUAUAGAAAUUUCAACAAGAACAAUUACAAUAAUCGAGUCAACUGUCCGCCUUAUUGAAAAGAUAUUGUUGUGAAAUUGGUACAAGUUGUUGAAUAUUAGCUGCUGGUCGGCUCUAAAACUUUAUUGUGAUAAUGUUGUCUUUGACCAAGACACUCCUUAUUAUUAAAAAAUACUUAUAUAAAGUAUUAAAAUGCUGAAUCAUACGGAACCGGAGCACAUGAUUAAGUCUAUAACGUUACCCAUUAAGUUUUAUUUCUUGGAAAUAAUAUUGUAUAAUCUUAAACCUUGCCCAACGAAGAUGAAGGAAAAAUGCGAGUGCGUUUGCCAAAUAAAAUUGAAGUAAACGAAAAAUGAUUUUAUUCUCUGUUGCGUUGCAGAGUAAAUCUACAUUAGUUUUAUCACGGGUUUGCCUAGUUUUACAGUUAAUCUCUUUUGUAAAUAUUGUACAUUUUUGUAAAGCAAAUAUAAUAAGCAAGACUGUUUUAUUCUAUAAAUAUAAAUAUAUAUAUAUAUAUAUGCUAUAUAUAGAUAAAUAAAAAAAAUAUAUAUAUUCUGCAAGAUACAGUAUCAAAAUUAAUCGAAACUUCGACGCGUGUAAAUUAAAUUGCGAUUCAAGAAACGUUAUUAAUAGCUUAAUGUUUUGAUUAGAAGUUUUUAAAUAAAAUCAAUCAACAAAAUAA